CAUUAAUCAAGAGGCGUCUCACAUCGUUUGCAAAUGAUUUUCAAGUUCGUAAUCUUUCUCAUUCUGGUUUGAUGUUGAAAACAAAGAAUGACCAAGAGUUUGUGUUGGAGUUUAUGUCUGAUGGUAAAGUACAUCUGUACAAAGCAGAAUACGGUCUUGACAAGGAGAGAGUGCCAGAUGUAACCGACGUGAUUCGAAUGCGAGACGAGAUGGGAAUGGAAUGGUCGUGGAUUAUGCAACGACACGGUCAAAUCGUCCCUAAAAACAACCAAGUGACGCCAAAUGAAGCAAGAAAACAAGUGCAGCGACGCGUCGGUCGAGAUUACGACAUUAUCAGAACAGACCCACACAACGCACAGGAGGAGAUGAGGAAAUAUUUUGGAGUAGAAGUCAAAAAUGAUUAUUUGGCAGAAGGAUAUGACAAAGUAGACGAUGAAGACGAAGAAGACGAUCUUCAGUAGCAAAUGUUUCUUUCUUGGUUUCACUGAUAAAUAAAUAUGACAUAAAUUGUU